GCGGAAGUCUGACAGGCGCGGGGGAUUCCCCGAGGGAAGUUCCCAACGCAUGAUAAAACAUGUAAAAUGUACAUUUGUUCGAAAUACACCAUAUCCUCUCCCGCACGUCGUACAUAUAGGCCACUCGAAGAAUAAGAAGGUGUCGCAGUAUCAAAACAAUAGUUUUGCAAUUUUCGAAUGAAGGUAAGAUACUGCUAUUAUAGGCUACAAUCAGAUACCAAAGUUGAGGGGGAACUGAACUAGGCUAUAUGGUUAUAUCUAUCUAACUAUUGACACUCAAUACGAAAAACGGAACUGUACGGGACCACUUUUGUACACUUACUAAUGAAUGUCAACGUUCUAUAUAGCCAGUUCGUGCUUGCUACAAUGUUGGUACAAUUUUAGAACUAUUUGGCUGCUUCAGGCUACUGUGUAUCUUCAUAUCAUGUAGCCAGCAGAUAUGACCCGCUUGCUUACAGCUGCACUAGGAUCAGACAGGCUUCCUGUGUAGAUUAAGACACAGCGGAGCGCAGCGAGAUAUGGCUCGGAAAACGUAUCUCAAUCCAGGGAUGAGAAAUGCGUUGUACUCCGAAUUGUCUAGCAGUCAUUCAAUCUGCUAAGUGUAACAGCUGGGAUAAUGGAACAGUUUGGAGUACAUCACAUUUCUCAUGCCUGGAUUGAGGUACGUUUUCCAAGCCAUAUCUCACACUGUGGUGUUUUAAUCGACACAGGAAGACGUUCUGGCACACACGGUGGUGUUUUAAUCCACACAGGAAGACUUUCUGGGUCAGAUCUGCUGGCUGCAUAUCAUGCUGCUUGGUCUGCAACCAUUGACAUACAAUGACUGUUUUAAGCUUGAGUGUGUUUAAAGUAAAUUACAAGAUAGAGAACGGGAUUAGCUGUUUAAUCAAACAAAGUAACCAAACAUAUUACCAUGCUCAUUAUUCAUUGGAAACUCAGAAGUUUAAAAAAGUAUAUUCAGGACACCUAGAAAAACAAUACCCAACCCAAAAGCAUUAGAUAUGUCAAAGCUUCACAGUUUAGGUCAGGGGAAUUUAACCAGGGGUCCAUACUGCAGGGGUUCCAUAUACACUAUCUCACAAAAGUGAGUACACCCCUCACAUUUUUGUAAAUAUUUGAGUAUAUCUUUUCAUGUGACAACACUGAAGAAAUGACACUUUGCUACAAUGUAAAGUAGUGAGUGUACAGCUUGUAUAACAGUGUAAAUUUGCUGUCCCCUCAAAAUAACUUAACACACAGCCAUUAAUGUCUAAACCGCUGGCAACAAAAGUGAGUACACCGCUAAGUGGGCCCAAUUAGCCAUUUUCCCUCCCCGGUGUCAUGUGACUCGUUAGUGUUACAAGGUCUCAGGUGUGAAUGGGGAGCAGGUGUGCUAAAUUUGGUGUCAUCGCUCUCACACUCCCUCAUACUGGUCACUGUAAGUUCAACAUGGCACCUCAUGGCAAAGAACUCUCUGAGGAUCUGAAAAAAAGAAUUGUUGCUCUACAUAAAGAUGGCAUGGGCUAUAAGAAGAUUGCCAAGACCCUGAAACUGAGCUGCAGCACGGUGGCCAAGACCAUACAGCGGUUUAACAGGACAGGUUCCACUCAGAACAGGCCUCGCCAUUGUCGACCAAAGAAGUUGAGCGCACGUGCUCAGCGUCAUAUCCAGAGGUUGUCUUUGGGAAGUAGACGUAUGAGUGCUGCCAGCAUUGCUGCAGAGGUUGAAGGGGUGGGGGGUCAACCUGUCAGUGCUCAGACCAUACGCCGCACACUGCAUCAAAUUGGUCUGCAUGGCUGUCGUCCCAGAAGGAAGCCUCUUCUAAAGAUGAUGCACAAGAAAGCCCGCAAACAUUUUGCUGAAGACAAGCAGAUUAAGGACAUGGAUUACUGGAACCAUGUCCUGUGGUCUGAUGAGACCAAGAUAAACUAAUUUGGUUUAGAUGGUGUGUGGCGGCAACCAGAUGAGGAGUACAAAGACAAGCAGGGGCGGUCUGUUCAAUAGGGCGAUAUGGGCGACGCACUGCCAAACGGGAAAAGGAAGGGAAUUUUUUUCUAAUCAAUUAUAUCACGGCAACAGUAGUUAUCAGUGUUGUAAUCUAGACGUCUGAUCUGCCACAGUGCCACACUGCCACUAAAUGUCCAAUCAGGCUAAAGUCGUGCUUCAAAUGGCUCCCCCCCCUUUUGGGGCGAUUUCAGUCAGGUUGAAAAUCGCCCAGAAGUCUGCCAUAGACUCCCAUGUAAAAUCUAUUUUUUUCAAAUUUCAGAGCUUUCAAUACAAUCUCUAUGGGUUUCUGAGGGCUUGCACUUACGCGCUUUCGUCAUACGUAACGUAACCAUGAACGUAACUAAGAAAAGAGCGGGUAGCAGCAUCAAUCAAUUCACGUACUACUAUCAAGAUGGCUAUAGCGUUCAGUGCAACUCGAUUGUCUCUUUGAAAGAAGUUCACAUCAAAGAGACAACCACAAAGUGCAGGAGCGCUUUUUUGAGUUCCUUCCCAUCUCGGAAUCAACCUCAGUCUCAAUCGCCAGUGUGCUUUUGGAGAGACUGAACGGUCUUUUUGCCGACGACGUGAAAGUCAAACUCAUUGCGCAAGCUUACGAUGGAGCCAGUGUGAUGAGGCGAGAGAAGGCAAAAGGUGCGUGAGCAUUUCAAGAAAGGCCAUUACGUGCAUUGCUAUGCGCAUCAGCUGAAUUUGAUCAUGCAGCAAGCUAAAAAGUAACUAGUAAACUAGUCCUCAGCAUGCCUGAUUUCAAUGAGAAAGUCAUUGACCGCUUUUCUGCAUUGAAAGAGAGAAGAGAACAGUUUCAGUACAAGUAAUGUAGCCUCUCUCUCUCUUUGUCCCUCCCUGUCUGUCUCUUUAACACACACACGCCCAAAUCAGUUCACAGUUGAUGUUGUUUAAAAUAGUUAUUUUUCAUUUUAAAAAAAGUAAACAAUUUUUUUUACAAAUCUAUACAAUUGGCCAGAAUAUGGUUGUUCAUAUUUACAAAGCCAUACAGAUAGCUGUGUUUACCUUGUCUAUAAAUUAUUUUCAAAUUCUGUUUUCAGGCAAAAUGUCUAUCACUGUUCAUUUUCACAAAUCUAUACAAGAGGGCAGAAUAUGGAAGUCUAUAAAAAUUUCUUAUUACCAAUAACUUGCAUCAAUGUCUUCAGUAGCCUCUAUCAAAAGCUCCUGCUUGCUCAGGUGCACAUAUUUCCAAUUCAACCAUGAGGCCUUUUUGAAGCAAGUAAUGUGUAUAUCAGUAUUGACUUAUAUGCUGCCCCUGUCUUCAUGUUGUUGCUGGACAUAUCUUUUUUAAAAUGUGUGUAGGUCACCUAAAUCAUCAGAAAAAUUGCAAAGCACCCCCACAGCAUGAUGCUGCCACCCCCACGCUUCACGGUUGGGAUGGUGUUCUUCGGCUUGCAAGCUUCCCCUUUUUCCUCCAAACAUAACGAUGGUCAUUAUGGCCAAACAGUUCUAUUUUUGUUUCAUCAGACCAGAGGACAUUUCUCCAAAAAGUACGAUCUUUGUCCCCAUGUGCAGUUGCAAACCGUAGUCUGGCUUUUUUAUGGCGGUUUUAGAGCAGUGGCUUCUUCCUUGCUGCGCGGCCUUUCAGGUUAUGUUGAUAUAGGACUUGUUUUACUGUGGAUAUAGAUAAUUCUGUACCUGUUUCCUCCAGUAUCUUCACAAGAUCCUUUGCUGUUGUUCUGGGAUUGAUUUGCACUUUUCGCACCAAAGUAUGUUCAUCUCUAGGAGACAGAAUGCGUCUCCUUCCUGAGCAGUAUGACGGCUGCGUGGUCCCAUGGUGUUUAUACUUGCGUACUAUUGUUUGUACAGAUGAACGUGGUACGUUCAGGCGUUUGGAAAUUGCUCCCAAGGAUGAACCAGACUUGUGGCGGUCUACCAUUUUUUUUCUGAGGUCUUGGCUGAUUUCUUUUGAUUUUCCCAUGAUGUCAAGCAAAGAGGCACUGUGUUUGAAGGUAGGCCUUGAAAUACAUCCACAGGUACACCUCCAAUUGACACAAAUGAUGUAAAUUAGCCUAUCAGAAGCUUCUAAAGCCAUGACAUCAUUUUCUGGAAUUUUCCAAGCUGUUUAAAGGCACAGUCAACUUAGUGUAUGGAAACUUCUGACCCACUGGAAUUGUGGAACAGUGAAUUAUAAGUGAAAUAAUCUGUCUGUAAACAAUUGUUGAAAAAUGACUUGUGUCAUGCACAAAGUGGAUGUCCUAACCGACUUGCCAAAACUAUAGUUUGUUAAAAAGAAAUUGUGGAGUGGUUGAAAAACAAGUUUUAAUGACUCCAACCUAAGUGUAUGUAAACCUCCGACUUCAACUGUAUAUACACUACCAGUCAAAAGUGUGGACACACCUACUCAUUCAAGGGUUUUUCUUUAUUUUUACUAUUUUCUACAUUGUAGAAUAAUAGUGAAGACAUCAAAACUAUGAAAUAACACAUGGAAUCAUGUAGUAACCAAAAACGUGUUAAACAAAUCAAAUAUAUUUUAUAUUUGGGAUUCUUCAAAUAGCCACCCUUUGCCUUGAUGACAGCUUUGCACACGCUUGGCAUUCUCUCAACCAGCUUCAUGAGUUAGUCACCUGGAAUGCAUUUCAAUUAACAGGUGUGCCUUCUAAAAAAUUAAUUUGUGGAAUUUCAUUCCUUCUUAAUGCAUUUGAGCCAAUCAGUUGUGUUGUGACAAGGUAGGGGUGGUAUACAGAAGAUAGCCCUAUUUGGUAAAAGACCAAGUCCAUAUUAUGGCAAGAACAGCUUAAAUAAGACAUGAAGGUCAGUCAAUACGGAAUAUUUCAAGAACUUUGUAAGUUUCUUCAAGUGCAGUUUCAAUAACCAUCAAGCACUAUGAUGAAACUGGCUCUCAUGAGGACCGCCACAGGAAUGGAAGACACAGAGUUAUCUCUGCUGCAGAGGAUAAGUUCAUUAGAGUAACCAGUCUCAGAAAUUGCAGCCCAAAUAAAUUAUUCACAGAGUUCAAGUCACAGACACAUCUCAACAUCAACUGUUCAGAGGAGACUGCGUGAAUCAGGCCUUCAUGGUCGAAUUGCUGCAAAGAAACCACUACUAAAGGACACCAAUAAUAACAAGAGACUUGCAUGGGCCAAGAAACACAAGCAAUGGACAUUAGACCAGUGGAAAUGUGUGCUUUGGUCUGGAGUCCAAAUUGGAGAUUUUUGGUUCCAACCGCUGUGUCUUUGUGAGACGCGGUGUGGGUGAACGGAUGAUCUCUGCAUGUGUAUUUCCCACCGUAAAGCAUGGAGGAGGAGGUGUUAUGGUGUGGGGGUGCUUUGCUGGUGACACUGUAUGUGAUUUAUUUAUCAUUCAAGGCACACUUAACCAGCAUGGCUGCCACAGCAUUCUGCAGCGAUACACCAUCCCAUCUGGUUUGGGCUUAGUGGGACUAUCAUUUCUUUUUAAACAGGACAAUGACCCAACACACCUCCAGGCGGUGUAAGGGCUAUUUUACCAAGAAGGAGAGUGAUGGAGUGCUGCAUCAGAUGACCUGGCCUCCACAAUCACCCGACCUCAAUCCAAUUGAGAUGGUUUGGGAUGUGUUGGACCGCGGAGUGAAGGAAAAGCAGCCAACAGGUGCUCAGCAUAUGUGGGAACUCCUUCAAGACUGUUGGAAAAGCAUUCCAGGUGAAGCUGGUUGAGAGAAUGCCAAAAGUGUGCAAAGCUGUCAUCAAGGCAAGGGUGGCUAUUUGAACAAUCUCAAAUAUAAAAUAUAUUUUGAUUUGUUUAACACUUUUUUGGUUACUACAUGAUUCCAUAUGUGUUAUUUCAUAGUUUUGAUGUCUUCACUAUUAUUAUACAAUGUAGAAAAUAGUCAAAAUAAAGAAAAACCCUUGAAUGAGUAGGUGUGUGCAAACUUUUUUAUAUAUAUAUAUAUAUAUACUGAACAAAAAUAUAAACGCAACAUGUAAAAUGUUGGUCCCAUGUUUCAUGAGCUGAAAUAAAAGAUCCCAGAAAUGUUCCAUAUGCACAAAAAGCUUAUUUCUCUCAAAUGUUGUGCACAAAUUUGCUUACAUCCCUGUUAGUGAGCCUUUCUCCUUUGCCAAGAUAAUCCAUCCACCUGACAAGUGUGGCAUAUCAAGAAGCUGAUUAAACAGCAUGCUCAUUACACAGGUACACCUUGUGCUGGGGACAAUAAAAGGCCACUCUAAAAUGUGCAGUUUUGUCACACAACACAAUACCAAAAAUGUCUCAAGUUUUGAGGGAGUGUGCAAUUGGCAUGCUUACUGCAGGAAUGUCCACCAGAUAUGUUGCCAGAGAAUUGAAUGUUAAUUUCUCUACCAUAAGCCGCCACCAACGUUGUUUUAGAGAAUUUGGCAGUAUGGCCAACCGGCCUCACAACCGUAGACCAUGUGUAUGGCAUUGUGUGAGCGAGCGGUUUGCUGUGGUGGUGGUGGCGUUAUGGUAUGGGCUGGCAUAAGCUACGGACAAUAACACAAUUGCAUUUUAUCGAUGGCAAUUUGAAUGCACAGAAAUACUGUGAUGAGAUCCUGGCGCCCAUUGUGAGGCCGAUUUUUAUUUUAUUUUUUUAGAUAUCUGUGACCAACAGAUGCAUACAGUGGGGAAAAAAAGUAUUUAGUCAGCCACCAAUUGUGCAAAUUCUCCCACUUAAAAAUAUUAGAGAGGCCUGUAAUUUUCAUCAUAGGUACACAUCAACUAUGACAAAAAAAUUGAGAAAAAAAAAUCCAGAAAAUCACAUUGUAGGAUUUUUAAUGAAUUUAUUUGCAAAUUAUGGUGGAAAAUAAGUAUUUGGUCACCUACAAACAAGCAAGAUUUCUGGCUCUCACAGACCUGUAACUUCUUCUUUAAGAGGCUCCUCUGUCCUCCACUCGUUACCUGUAUUUAUGGCACCUGUUUGAGCAUAAAGGACACCUGUUCACAACCUCAAACAGUCACACUCCAAACUCCACUAUGGCCAAGACCAAAGAGCUGUCAAAGGACACCAGAAACAAAAUUGUAGACCUGCACCAGGCUGGGAAGAAUUAAUCUGCAAUAGGUAAGCAGCUUGGUUUGAAGAAAUCAACUGUGGGAGCAAUUAUUAGGAAAUGGAAGACAUACAAGACCACUGAUAAUCUCCCUCGAUCUGGGGCUCCACGCAAGAUCUCACUCCGUGGGGUCAAAAUGAUCACAAGAACGGUGAGCAAAAAUCCCAGAACCACACGGGGGGACCUAGUGAAUGACCUGCAGAGAGCUGGGACCAAAGUAACAAAGCCUACCAUCAGUAACACACUACGCCGCCAGGGACUCAAAUCCUGCAGUGCCAGACGUGUCCCCCUGCUUAAGCCAGUACAUGUCCAGGCCCGUCUGAAGUUUGCUAGAGUGCAUUUGGAUGAUCCAGAAGAGGAUUGGGAGAAUGUCAUAUGGUCAGAUGAAACCAAAAUAUAACUUUUUGGUAAAAACUCAACUCGUCGUGUUUGGAGGACAAAGAAUGCUGAGUUGCAUCCAAAGAACACCAUACCUACUGUGAAGCAUGGGGGUGGAAACAUCAUGCUUUGGGGCUGUUUUUCUGCAAAGGGACCAGGACGACUGAUCCGUGUAAAGGAAAGAAUGAAUGGGGCCAUGUAUCGUGAGAUUUUGAGUGAAAACCUCCUUCCAUCAGCAAGGGCAUUGAAGAUGAAACGUGGCUGGGUCUUUCAGCAUGACAAUGAUCCCAAACACACCGCCCGGGCAACGAAGGAGUGGCUUCGUAAGAACCAUUUCAAGGUCCUGGAGUGGCCUAGCCAGUCUCCAGAUCUCAACCCCAUAGAAAAUCUUUGGAGGGAGUUGAAAGUCCGUGUUGCCCAGCGACAGCCCCAAAACAUCACUGCUCUAGAGGAGAUCUGCAUGGAGGAAUGGGCCAAAAUACCAGCAACAGUGUGUGAAAACCUUGUGAAGACUUACAGAAAACAUUUGACCUGUGUCAUUGCCAACAAAGGGUAUAUAACAAAGUAUUGAGAAACUUUUGUUAUUGACCAAAUACUUAUUUUCCACCAUAAUUUGCAAAUAAAUUCAUAAAAAAUCCUACAAUGUGAUUUUCUGGAUUUUUUUUCCUCAUUUUGUCUGUCAUAGUUGACGUGUACCUAUGAUGAGAAUUACAGGCCUCUCUCAUCUUUUUAAGUGGGAGAACUUGCACAAUUGGUGGCUGACUAAAUACUUUUUUCCCCCACUGUGUAUAUAUAUAUAUAUAUAUAUAUAUAUAUAUAUAUAUACAGUGCAUCCGCUUCACAGUGCAUCCGCUUCACUUUUUCAACAUUAUGUUACGUUACAGCCUUAUUCUAAAAUUGAUUAAAUUGUUUUUAAAUGAAUUUUAUGAAUAUCGCUAGCAACAACAGAAUACAAUUUUUUGAAUUACAUACCUACAGUAGAAAAUAAGAUAUUAUAUUUCUAAUGAUGUGAACUUUACUUCUCAACUCCUAAUAUUGAGCAAAUUACACUCAUUGGAGCCAAUUACACUCACUGGAGUAUAUCUGAAAAACUACCCACGAAUAGGCUACCGGUGCGGUAAGUGCCACUGGCUGCUGGUAAGCUUUUGUGACUUGGACAUACAUUUUUGCCAACACAUGGCUAACCUUUUUUUAACUCUUCCAAUUAUAAUGUGUGGAGGUCAAAAUAAUACAAAACGAUAUACCAAAUCAAUUCAUUUUAAAAUGUUGAUUACUUCUCCUUGCCAUUAUUAUUCACAUGAUGAAAAUACCAUUUUCCCCCCUAACGUAUGAUGGGGGACCCUGGGUCGCCGGUUUGCCUGGGAAGGGCUCCCUGGGCAAGAAAAGGUUUAUCGUAUUAGUAGCUUAAUGUAUUGAUCAUGUCAUAAUACAAUUGUAUUGAUAGACAUACAGUAGGUUAUUUGGUAUUAGUCAUUAGCUAUCAUAAAUAAUGGCUAACUACAUUGAGGUACGUUUACCCAAAAUAUUGUACAUUUCAUUAUAAUUUAUGAAACCUAUUAACACCUUCUCAGUGAUUUAUUUAUUACAGUUGUUGCAGCCAUUGCUCAAGUCAUGUAUGAACCAAAGAUUAGUAACGAACGAUGGCAUUCAGUAAUGUCAAUUAAUGUAUCAGUAAAAAAAAGGCUAUUAUUCAAUAUUGCAUUAGUGUCAAUAGAUGUAAUCAAUUUCUUAUCAUCAUGAGUACCAGAACAUUUAUUUAUUUAGUAGAUAUUUUGGAUGUUUGUUUUUGCUUUCUCAUCAAUAGGCUAUUUCUACACAGGGAACUUAUGAUAAUCCUCAAUGUUUAUCGUGAGUUUCUAAAAUUAGCAAGUACAGGCAUGAAAGAGAAGUGUGCACUGGCUCCAGUUUCAUGAUUAUGGAGGAGGACUUGCAUUUUACAGCAAAUCAUGUGAUAAUGUGCUUUAAUGCUGCAUUCUGCCCCUAAACAUUGGUUGCGUGAUAUGUUGCCACAGGGCCCAUGACUGCUGUGUCAGUGAUGAUCGUGGAGCACACGGCAUGGAGAGGAAUAUUGGAGACCAGCUCAACAAGGCAUUUGAAGCUUACCGCCAGGCCUCUAUCGAGAGAGACAGCGCCAAAAGGGAACUACAGCAGACGGUAUGAUACCUAAAUCAUUGUGAUAGAAAACAAAAUCUUCUAAUUUACCUAUGAGACUUCAACUCUGUCCAGUGCGAUGUGGCAUAGCCUUCUAUACAGUGCUUUGAUAUAAUGAAAUACUGUAGCAUGGUAAUUACAGUUAUUUACAAUAGAGGCUACAAAAGGCUACCUACCUAGUAAGUGAUGACAUUCAUGAUUAAUAUGUAAUGAAAGGUUAACUUUUGCAGAAUGAAUAUUAUGAACGGCACACUCAGAAACUUCAGAAACAGAUAGAAGACCAGCAGCAAUUGAUUUCAAAACUCAAAGUUCAGUUGAUAUCAGCAACUAAGCAACCCUCAGGUAAGUGACAAGCAUCAUUGUUUUCUUAAUACUAUUGUUUGCAUGAUGACAUAUUUUGACAUAUUCUAUACCAUACAGUUCAACUAUAGUGAAAGAAACAGUGAAACAGUAGUCUACAUUGGGCACGUGCAUGCAUUCUGUUGCAUUUUCGGUUCUCCUGGAGAUAAAUUGUGCUGAUUAUUGCUGUUUCAGGACAUUGUACACUUCCCAUCAAAAAUGAGACUUCCCGUGUUGACUAACUGGUUGGUCUGCUACAUUAUAUUUUUCUAUCUUAUUUUAUUCUUAGGAGAGGUCAAAGGUGAGGCUGUUCCUAGAAAACAGGAAGAAGAAACCCUGUCUCCUUCCAACCAUCUCUUUGACAACCCAGACAGCUCCUUCCGGAAGAUUCAUUACUUGGUAGCAUGUUUAACACAAUUAUUAAUACAAUCCACAUAAGAGGAUAAUUAGAUAUUGUUUAUUUAUGUUUACAAAUAUGAUGCAGACAGGCAAAAUGCACGGAUGUGAUAGGGUCAGAGUGCGAAUUAUGCUGUGACAUUUGGGGUGUCUACAUUUUUUUCACAAGACCACCUAUGUGUGAAAAAAUACAUGUUUUAUGGGCCUAAUAGUAAAGACAUUUAAUGGUAAAAAUAAUGUAUUCCCUUUUAAUUGUCAUGAACACAACCAGUCAUGAUGUUUUUAAUUUUAUUGUCAAACAAAUCACUUCAAAAAGUAGGCUACUUGCGCAUGUUCGUCCACUCCAAAAUAAUUCCAGCAUCCAAACAGUGCACUGUGCCCUCGUGCCAUUUGAUGAAUGAAAAGAGACAUCUGUUACAAACCACCAAAAAGUCUAAUGACAUUUGCCGAUUGUCAUUGGGUCUACACUCUUGCAGCCUGAAUUAAUUGAAUCGUCUUGCUGACAGAAGGGCCUUUUUUGUAGGAAGAAAAGGGACUGAGAUGCGGGACUGUCCCGGGAUGACAAGUGCAGCCACAUGGGGGAAAAAACGGUUUAAAUCAUGACACAGAGAUGGGGGUGUUUGUUUAAUCUGGAAUAAGCUUUUAUUUUAAUAUUUGCCACUGCAGCAGUACAAAUAGCAUUUUAAACAAAUAGUAGAAUGGUUAAAUUAGUAUUAUUUAGAGAACCCUAAAUAACUUUUUUGCAUUUAGGGUGCCUCAUGUCUCAUUCAGGGGUUGACGCACUGGAUAGGGUGUAAACAUGGCAUUUGCUGCCUCAUAAUUAUUUUAUUUUUGUUUUCUCUCAAAUGAGCUCAAUAUCCUCGCUCUCUCUUUUUUACAAGCAAGCACACGCACAGCCACACACACAAACAGACGUUAUUGUUCACAAAUUGUACAUUGCUUGUAGAUGUUCUGUGUCUCCUGAGUGGCGCAGUGGUCUAAGGCACUGCAUCGCAGUGCUAACUGUGCUACUAGAGAUCCUGGUUCGAAUCCAGGCUCUGUCGCAGCCGGCCGCGACCGGGAGACUCAUGGGCGGCGCACAAUUGGCCCAGCGUCGUCCAGGGUAGGGGAGGGAAUGGCCGGCAGGGAUGUAGCUCAGUUGAUAGAGCAUGGCGUUUGCAACGCCAGGGUUGUGGGUUCGAUUCCCACGGGGGGCCAGUAUAAAAAAAUUAAAUAAAAAAUGUAUUCAGUAACUGUAAGUCGCUCUGGAUAAGAGCGUCUGCUAAAUGACUAAAAUGUAAAUGUAAAUGUGUCUGCAGUGCCUGAUAGCAGUAACAGUGAUCAUGCCAAUGCACAAUACAAUAGUUCCACUUCCUGUGACAUAGGUCAUCUUUCAUCUUGUUGCUUCACUCUAAUAAAGGUCACAAGCUCUAUUUUUAGCUGGGAAACAUGAACAUUUAACAUUAUUUUUUAAAGCAUGAAUACACACAUACAGUCUUUCAUCGACAGGUGGCGCUAGAGGAUAGCAUCACCGAACCUCAGGGUCUGAGGCCAUUAUAAGCCAUCAGCUUUAUAGCGCCACCAGCUUUAUUGUUGAUAAAUAAUUCCCUAAUCGAUCACAAGGCAGCAACCAUUUUAGUAGAUUCAUUAACAAUAAUCAGAUAAUUUUUGUUUGAAUGUAUAAUUAUCGUAAUUAGAUUACAUAUGUUUUUAUGACAUGAUGACUUUAUGCAGGAAAAAAAUAUAGUAUUUGAUUUCUAAGCUAAACAUUUCAAUAUGAAUAGUUGAUAUUAGUACGGUGGAUAUUUCUUGCCAUGUAAGUCCUCAAUGCCAUGUGUGUCUGUUUUUCAGAAGGGGAAUAUGGAAACUGCAGUGAUUGUGUCACCUUCACCACACACAGCACCUGUAGACAGCAGUUUUGAGAAGUAUGUGCAUUAGUCACCAGUAUCUUUACUUCAUUUUUGGCUGAAAAGCAGUUUUCUUACUUGUAUAUCUUUGUCUCUCAGUAAAGAUGUUCUUGCCGCGUUUCAAGCUCUUCAGGGGAAAUUCCAACAGAUACAGACAUUAACCCGGAGACAAAAAGAUCACCUGAAAAGAUUCUACAGAGGAAAUGACAUGGCAAAUGGUAAUAUUAAAGUCUGCACAAUAGUAAAUUUAGAUUGGAGAAAUUGCGUAUUAUUCCAGCACUGUUGAAAGGCACCCAAGGCCUGAACUCAUGUCCAGCUUGACUCUUAAUUUAAUUACAAUAGAGAAAAUAUGUUGAGUUACAAUUGCUUUGGAUAUGUCAUAACACUGUAUUAGUAAUUAUAUAUUGUAGCUUUAGCUUUAUUCCUGUACACAAUUAGAUAGCAACACAUUAAGCAGAACCGUACAUUAAUGCCUCAUUGGCCUAUUGACCCAUGGACCUCCACCUGUGUGGAAAUAGAAUGAGCAGAAAAAAAAUAUUCUGUGAUGUAGCACUGGUUAGUUGAAAUAAAAAAAGUUGGAAUAAAAGAAAACAAAUGCUCAUAUUAUAGUUAAUGUGUGAAAUUAGAAGACUAAAUUAAAAGGGAAAAGGUUCUUGACAUUAUUCAUUAUUACUCGAUUAUUCAUAAUUACUUGAACUAAUCGCAACUCAAUAGCAUAACUUAAUAUCUCAAUGUUGUAAGUGAAUAUCGAUUAUGUUACAUAAACAGUAUGAUAAAAGCAUUGCGUUUGCCAUUCGACAGAGCAGCAGUUCUCCAUGCCCAUUCAGUGUACAGACGUGACUGCGGAGCUGGCGGAGAGGCCUUUCCCCUCAGCCUCAGCCUUAAGGCCAGGGGUCGACCUCCAGCACCCGCCCACGGCCCUGGCAUCCCGCGGUGCCAGUCAAGAGGACCUAUUGGACUCCCUCAACAGACUCAGCGUCAAGUUCCCCCCCUCCACAGACAGUGAAUAUGAGUUCCUGAACAGCGCUCCAGAGAAACACUUUGACCUGUCCAUGCCAAGGAAACGGCCAGCAGUCAGCAGUAUCCCUGCCGUCUUAGUGGAACCGUCUAUGGAGCUGGCCAUCCCAUUCCUGUAUCCUACAUCUCCCUCUCACCCCACCUCCCCAUCCACCUCGCUCUCACACGAGAGUGUGUGUGGACCCCAGAAGGUGAGAGCUCUUUUCUUUAUUUGCAGGUAAAAGUAGGACAUUCUCAACACCAGAUUUGUUCUGGCAAAUGAAUGGGAGAGAGAGGGCAUAUAAGUAGUGAAAGACAACCUCACACAUCGACGAAAGUUGUUGAUCACGAUAAAAGGCAAUUAUUCUCUAAUUACUGAGUUGAGAGCGCCAGCCAAACUUAAAACUAACAUGGAAAUGCCCUUAAUUGGUUAGAUUCAGUAGAUUUAUACCUGUUGAAGAAUGGUUUUCAACAAGUCCAGGACGAAAAUAGUGCCUACUACUGCUAAAACAAAGAGAGGUGAGGUGAGAUAUGAUAGGCCUAUGUGUACAACAAUGCUUGUUCCAUAUUUAUUACAAGGUGACUACCUCACUAUUUGUCAUAGACAUAAAAUCAGCAAAUAGAGAAUUAACAAAUUAUCAUAAAACACACCAAUUGUUUUGGAUGAUAAUGCUUUUCUGCCAUGCAGUUUUGUAGUUGGUUAUAUACAGUUGAAGUCAGAAGUUUACAUACACCUUAGCCCAAUACAUUUAAACUCAGUUUUUCACAAUUCCUGACAUUUAAUCCUAGUAAAAAUUCACUGUCUUAGGUCAGUUAGGAUCACCACUUUAUUUUAAGAAUGUGAAAUGUCAGAAUAAUAGUAGAGAGAAUGAUUUAUUUCAGCUUUUAUUUAUUUCAUCACAUUCCCAGUGGGUCAGAAGUUUACAUACACUCAAUUAGUAUUUGGUAGCAUUGCCUUUAAAUUGUUUAACUUGGGUCAAAUGUUUUGGGUAGCCUUCCACAAGCUUCCCACAAUCAGUUGGGUGAAUUUUGGCCCAUUCCUCCUGACAGAGCUGGUGUAACUGAGUCAGGUUUGAAGGCCUCCUUGCUCGCACAUGCUUUUUCAGUUCUGCCCACAAAUGUUCUAUAGGAUUGAGAUCAGGGCUUUGUGAUGGCCACUCCAAUACCUUGACUUUGUUUCCUUAAGCCAUUUUGCCACAACUUUGGAAGUGUGCUUGGGGUCAUUGUCCAUUUGGAAGACCCAUUUGCGAUCAAGCUUUAACUUCCUGACUGAUGUCUUGAGAUGUUGCUUCAAUAUAUCCACAUAAUUUUCCUUCCUCAUGAUGCCAUCUAUUUUGUGAAGUGCACCAGUCCCUCCUGCAGCAAAGCACCCCCACAGCAUGAUGCUGCCACCCCCGUGCUUCACGGUUGGGAUGGUGUUCUUCGGCUUGCAAGCCGACCCCUUUUUCCUCCAAACAUAACCAUGGUCAUUAUGGCCAAACAGUUCUAUUUUUGUUUCAUCAGACCAGAAGACAUUUCUCCAAAAAGUACGAUCUUUGUCCCCAUGUGCAGUUGCAAACCGUAGUCUGGCUUUUUAAUCGCGGUUUUGGAGCAGUGGCUUCUUCCUUGCUGAGCAGCCUUUCAGGUUAUGUCGAUAUAGGACUCGUUUUACUGUGGAUAUAGAUACUUUUGUACCUGUUUCCUCCAGCAUCUUCACAAGGUCCUUUGCUGUUGUUCUGGGACUGAUUUGCACUUUUCGCACCAAAGUACGUUCAUUGAACGCGUCUCCUUCCUGAGCGGUAUGACAGCUGCGUGGUCCCAUGGUGUUUAUACUUGCGUACGAUUGUUUGUACAGAUGAACGUGGUACCUUCAGGCGUUCGGAAAUUGCUCCCGUGGAUGAACCGGACUUGUGGAGGUCUACAAUUUCUUUUCUGAGAUCUUGGCUGAUUUCUUUUGAUUUUCCCAUGAUGUCAAGCAAUGAGGCACUGCGUUUGAAGGUAGGCCUUGAAAUACAUCCACAGGUGCACCUCUAAUUGAGUCAAAUUAUGUCAAUUAGCCUAUCAGAAGCUUCUAAAGCCAUUAUAUACUUUUCUGGAAUUUUUCAAGCUGUUUAAAGGUACAGUCAACUUAGUGUAUGUAAACUUCUGACCCACUGUAAUUGUGAUACAGUGAAUUAUAAGUGAAAUAAUCUUUCUGUAAACAAUUGUUGGAAAAAUUACUUGUGUCAUGCACAAAGUAGAUGUCCUAACCGACUUGCCAAAACUAUAGUUUGUUAACAAGAAAUGUGUGUAGUGGUUGAAAAACAAGUUUUAAUGACUCCAACCUAAGUGUAUGUAAACUUCCGACUUCAACUGUAAGUCCAUGUUGAUGUCAGAACCAAAGUAAUGUAUAUUUUUUUACUACCAUUAUCAGUACAACUGUGCUCCCCUGUGAGGUCGUGAAUGCAGAAUUAUAGAAGCAAUAAUUAUUUUUUAUGAAGUAUUUUGAUAAUACACAGCAAUUUGCCUCACAGAUUUCUUUGAUAAUCCGAGUCCCAUAUUGCUGGAUGUGUACAUCAAAUUGAUCUUUAGCUGUCAUGUAUUCUUUAGAAUUUUAGGAAGGUCAUCUUGUCUUUAUUGAGUAUUGCUUAACCAUGCUUUUGGUUAAAAAAUACACCGAAGAAAUACACCUUUGUUCAGACGCGUGUCUGGGGUAUGAUUAAUGCUGUGUCUGGGGUAUGAUUUAUUUGGUUAGAUUUCUCUGUUUCUAACUUAACAUACAAUGCCAGAAACAAGUAACUAUUCAAUCCUACUGUUAGCAAAUGUACAGCAUUACAAUACUAUAAGUAGUGGGGCAGGAACUAUGGAUGUUGAGAAAGCGGGUUCAAGUGGGACACUGCUUUGCUUGUAUUCCCCGGAGCAACAGAUCUUUCAUCAGUGGAGACCCAAGCACAUGGCCAACUGUAAGUGGGUGAGUGUAAGCAAUGCAAAGUGUAUGAAUAAUGGAGUAUAAGUGGUGUGUUUGUCCCUUCAUGUAGCCCCUGUGGAGCCCUGAGCUUUGUGAUGCUACAGCAGUAGCAGCAGCAGCACAGGCUGUGAGUGCCAAGCCACAACAACAGAUCAACAACAACAGCCCUGAUAUCUGUGCUUACUGCAACGCGGUAGUUCCCCAAGACCACAUGAAGAGCCACCUUUUUACUCAUUGCCAGAGGGCGAGUGAGGCCAGCAAUCGACACUAGCAGACACUGGCUGCCCAAUGCAACACCUCUAGGAUUAUUUCAUGGUUUAUUCAUGUCUUUGUUGCCCUGCCAUGAAUUACACGCGCUGGGCUGGAUGUCACACUGGCGUUUGCAACGGGACUAGAAUCCACUCUUGAUCAUUUAUUUAAUUUGUAAGAGUUGAAUGGUACAUUUUACAGUCGUCGUCUUAAGAUAUUACUUGUACAUCUCUAGACAUAUGAAAUGAUAUUGUACAGUAUGUAGGUUUAAGUAUAAUAAAGCAA